AUGAGUUUAAAAGAAAUUGUUACCAUAAAAAACAUACUUGAAGCACUCUAAACUGAUGAAGCAGAAAAGCAAUUACGAAAAAAAAAAUUGUUUGCUUUCAUUAUAGAUGCAUCUAAACCUAAGAGACUUCAAGGAUAAGGAGAUUACAUGUAAAUGAUCAAAAUUAUGGAUGAUUCUUAUAAUGGAUACCUUACUCUAUUUUAUUUCUUUAAAUCUCUUUCUGAUGCUGCUCCUUUAGAUACAAUUGGGGAUAUUGUCUUCUUAAAAAGAUAUCAAUAUUAAUUAUUUAAUGGAGAACCUCAAGGCAGAAGAAAUAGUUUCAAGACUUCAUAUUUCUUAUUAUUUGAUGUAAAUACAUUGCAAUUAAAAUUCAAUCCUAAUGAUAGCUCAGAACCCUCCAAUGAAGAAUUGGAAUUUAUAUAAAAACUCUCAACUUAUAGUUAAUCAUAUUUAUCAUAAAACAGCUGUAAGUUAAUUUAUCUAUUUAGUACUUAAUUUAUAUUGGUAUGGUUCUACAAAUACUAUUUUUGAUGGAUUAUUUAAAAUAUAAGAAUUGAAGGAUGAAAAUACUGUUUUAUUAAAAGAUUCCAAAGACAAUCAAUAUACUUUAUUAUGUAAGGGAUUAGUUGAUUUAGAAAUUCAAGAAGGAGCAGUCAUUAAGAUAAGAAAUAUAUAAAUGUAAUUUCAUAUUUAAAUAUGAUUAGUUCAAAUUAAAAUGAGAUUUUAAUCACUGAUAAAUCAAAUAUCAUGAUGUUAUCUAAUUUUUGUUAUGAUGUUUAACAUUUUGAAGAAAUUAAUCAAACAUUUUCUAAGGUAGAUUUUUAAUAGGAGAACUUUUAAUAAAUAACAAUAGGAUCAUGUAAAUAUUCAUUUAUAAUAUUAUAUAGUUACAUAAAUAAAGAAAAAAUAUGAAAAUUUUUAAUAUGUUCCUUUAAUUAAUCUGAUAUAGAAAUAAGUUAAAGAGAGUAUAAUUGUAAUUUAAGGGUAAGUAUAAAGUAUUUAUCCUACUUAAAUUGAAGAAGGUUUCAUAUUUUACAAUAAAUUCAAAUCUUUUUCAUAUAAAGAAGUCAUAGCAAAUAAUUUGUAAAUAUAAGGAUUACAAAAAACGUUACAAAUAUAAAUUAACAUAAGAGAUGCUUCACUAGAAGGUACAACAAAUAUAAUACAAUUAUUAAUUUUUGAUAAUCCUUCCUUCUUUCCAUUUCCAAUGGUCUGGGACAAUGUUGAAUAUAUGCAAAUCGAAUAUCAAAAAGUAAUUAAUAUUUUAUAAAUGAUUUAGUUACUAGAAAAGUUGAUUAUUGAAUAAGAUUAGAUACAUGACUUUGUUUUGGAAAUCAUAGAAUCACCUGAGUCUACAAUUUAUAGAGUGAUUGAUACAAAAAUUAGUUAUUGA